AUGAGUGUCAACGAACGAUCCUUAGCAACAUCAGCUGGUAUAUCUACUCAAAGCGGUAGUGGACCAUCAGGAGGACCAAAUCAUUCCGAUGAACAAGUAGAACCAUCUUCAACAUUAGGUAUUUUUUCACUUGAUUAUAAAAAACAUGAAGAUAUUAAACAAAUGCUUGAUAGUAAUAAAGAUAAUUUAAAAUUAGAUGCUAUGCGUCGAAUUAUUGGUAUGAUUGCGAAAGGUAAAGAUGCUGCUGAUCUAUUUCCAGCUGUUGUUAAAAAUGUUGUUUCAAAAAAUAUGGAAAUUAAAAAAUUAGUUUAUGUUUAUUUAAUGCGUUAUGCUGAAGAACAACAAGAUCUUGCAUUACUUUCUAUUGCAACUUUUCAACGAGGAUUAAAAGAUCCAAAUCAAUUAAUUCGAGCAAGUGCAUUACGCGUUUUAUCUAGUAUACGUGUGCCAACAAUUGUAACAAUAAUGAUGUUAGCUAUUCGUGAAGCUGCUAAUGAUAUGUCAGCUUAUGUUCGAAAAACUGCUGCUAAUGCAAUAGCUAAACUUUAUGCUUUAGAUCCGGAAAUGAAAGAUGAAUUAAUUUUAAUUAUAGCAAAAUUACUGGCUGAUAAAACAAUUUUAGUUAAUGGUAGUGCUGUACAAGCAUUUGAACAUGUAUGUCCUGAACGAAUCGAUUUAAUACAUAAGAAUUAUCGACGUCUAUGUAAUCUUCUUGUUGAUAUUGAUGAAUGGGGUCAAGUUACUGUAUUAAAUAUGUUAACAAGAUAUGCUCGAACACAAUUUGUUGAUCCAAAUAAGACAUAUGAAGAUGACAAAAAAGAUUUUUAUGGUGAUGAUGAUACAAAUGAAAAAGAAAAAAAUCUUAAUGAUGAUGAUGAUGAUGAUUCAUUGGAUAAAAGAACGUAUGUUAUGGAUAGUGAUCAUCGAUUAUUAUUAAGAUGUACAAAACCAUUAUUACAAAAUCGUAAUUCAGCUGUUGUUAUGGCCGUAGCUCAACUUUAUUAUUAUGUAGCACCACGAAGUGAAGUACAAAUUGUUGCUAAAUCACUUAUUCGUUUACUUCGUUAUCAUCGUGAAAUUCAAACAAUUGUUCUGGAAUCAAUAGCAUCAAUGGCUGACAAACAUAAACAAAUAUUUGAACCAUAUUUAAAAUCAUUUUAUGUUCAUUCAAAUGAUAGUAGUCAUGUUAAACGUUAUAAACUUGAAAUUCUUACGGUAUUAGCUAAUGCGUCAAAUAUUUCAACUAUUCUUCGAGAAUUUCAAACUUAUGUUGUAAGUCCAGAUAAAGAAUUUGGUGCACAAACAAUUCAUGCUAUUGGACGAUGUGCAAGUACAAUUCCUGAAGUAACUGAAGCUUGUUUAAAUGGCCUUGUAACAUUAAUGUCAAAAAAAGAUGAAAAAAUUGUUGCCGAAAGUGUUGUUGUUAUUAAAAAAUUACUUCAAAUCAAUCCAUCACAAUAUAGUGAUAUUAUUAAACAUAUUGUUCGUAUGGUUGAUAAAGUAACUGUUCCAACAGCACGUGCGUCUAUUCUUUGGCUUAUUGGAGAAUAUUCCGAUCGUGUUAGUAAAUUAGCACCAGAUGUUUUACGAAAAAUGGCAAAAACAUUUCCGGAUGAAGAAACAAUAGUUAAACACCAAAUACUUAAUUUAGCUGCUAAACUUUAUGUUAUAAACAAUAAACAAACACAUUUACUUGUUCAAUAUGUAUUUAAUUUAGCUAAAUAUGACACAAAUUAUGAUACACGUGAUAAAGCUCGACUACUUCGAGCUUUAUUACUUCAAACAGAUAAAAGUCCAACAUUAAGUAAAUAUGCGAAAAAAAUUCUAUUAGCACCUAAACCAGCACCAAUACUCGAAUCAAUUAUUCGAAAUCAUGAACAAUAUACAUUAGGUACAUUAUCAUAUGUUAUUGGUCAAAAAGCCGCUGGCUAUAAAGAUUUACCUGAUUUUCCACUUGAACCAGCUGAUCCGAGUGUUCGUAAUGUUGAAAUUAUUCAUCCAUUAACAACACAACAUGAUCAAUCAAGAAAAUCGAGUGCUACUUCUGGAAUAUCAUCUAGUGGAAAGAAAAAAAUUGGCAAAAGUGAAACUUUUUAUUCUGACGAAGAAGGAGAAGAAGAAGAAGAAGAAAGUUCAACUGAAGGUCCAGAUGAUGAUGAGAACGAAUCAGAAGAAGACGAAGAAGAGGAAGAAAAAUCAACAGAAAAUGUAGAUAAAACGAAUGAAUAUGAACAAUUAGAUACUCGAUCAUCAGAUAUGAUUCAAAGUCAACCUCAGAAUAGUACGAGUAGUGAAGAAGAAUCUGAAGAAGAAGAAGAAGAGGAAGAAGAAGAAGAAUCAACAGAUGAAGACGAACGAAUUCCACAACAUGUGUCGGCUGUUGGAAAAUCUCCAUCAACUAUUGCUGUUAGUGAUUAUACUAUUCCAGCAGCAGAAAAAUCUCUUUUAGAAAUGGACUUGGAAUCAUUUCUUGGCUCAACUUCAACACCAACAACAAUUCAACAAACAACAAAAAAUAAUACAUUUGAUGAUUUAAAUAGUUUACAAUCUUUAUCUACACCAUCACCAACAUUAACUUAUAUUCGACAAUAUGAUUGUUUAAAUCGUAUAACAGGUCAAGGUUUACAAAUUCAGUAUCGUUUUCCACGUACACCAUAUCCACGUAUAUCAAAUAUGGUUCAUAUUGAAUUAAUAUUUACAAAUACAACAACAAAUAAAGAUAUUCAAUCGAUUAAAUUUAUCAAAUCGAAAUCUGGUGUUAAUAUUGAUGGAUUUAAUGAUAUUGAUAUAUUACCAAGUAAUGCAUCGAUUGUUGCAUCAAUUGGUGUUGAUUUUAAUGAUAAAACUCAAUCAGCUUCAUUUGAUAUAUCAUUUGAUGGAAGACAAUUAUCAACACCAUUAUCAAUAUCAUGUCAUGUUGGUGAACUUUUUGAACAAAAAUUUUUAAAUGAACAACAGUUUACUCAAAAUUUAGCUCAUCUUCGUGGCAUGAAUGAAAUCACUGAUAGUGUUAAUAUUAGUGAAACACAAAUGGGAAAAUUAAAUUUUACAUCUAUUCAAACAAAAGUAUUACAAUGUGCAAAUGUUACUUCAGUACCAUUAGGUUCUGGUAAUUCAACUAUAUAUCGAUUUUCUGGUCAAACAAUAUCAAGUAAAGCAUUAGUACUUAUUACAAUUCAAUUAAAAAUUCCUGAAUUAACAGUAAAUUUAAUAAUAAAUUCGGAUCGAAUUGUUCUUGCAACAAUGUUAUUAAAAGAAAUUAAACAAACAUUUUCUACAAUGACAUAA